AUGCCAAAACGUGAAGAGGAUGUUCAUGUGGUGUAUGCUUCUGUCACUGUAAGAGAAGAUGAUCUUAAACCUCUUCUAGUAUCAGAUCCAGCUGUGUCCUCGUCUUCACCAGGAAUCUCCCGCCAAAACUUCAGAUUCAAAGUCACUGGUGUGUUUGGUGAAUCAGUGUCAGUGAUGGAGGGAGACUCUGUCACUCUUAACACUGAUCUUACUCAAAUACAUCAAAAUGAAGAAAUAUGGUGGAGAUUUGGAGCUGACAAGUCUCUCAUAGCUAAAAUCACAAGAGAUAAAGAAGUCCAUGAUAAGAGAUUCAGAGACAGACUGAAGAUGGAUCAUCAGACUGGAUCUCUGACCAUCACAAACAUCACAACUCAACACGCUGGACUCUAUGAACUAAAGAUUAGAAGAAGACAGUCAAUAAAAUCAUUCAAUGUUUCUGUCUUUGCUCAGCUGCCUGUUCCUGUCAUCAGCAGUAAAUCUUCACUGUAUUCAUCAUCAUCUUCAUCCUCACAGCAGAAUUGUUCAUUGUUGUGUUCAGUGAAUGUGGGUGAUGUGACUCUCUCCUGGUACAAAGGAAACAGUUUAUUGUCCAGCAUCAGUGUGUCUGAUCUCAGCAUCAGUCUCUCUCUACCUCUGGAGGUGGAAUAUCAGGAGAAAAACAGCUACAGCUGUGUGAUCAACAAUCACAUCAGAAACCAGACCACACAUCUGGACAUCACUCAACUCUGUCAAUUAGAUUUAGUCUUGUCUGAGGUCUGA